UUGUCUAGUGUUUUGCUUGUAUAAAAUCAUUCAAAAUUUAUUACAGUGGUUUAAAAAACGCAACAGGUACCGAUCGCAAUACCAUGUCACACGCCCCAGAAUGUCUGAAAGAACGCUUCAAGGCCGCCGAUGAGCUAGUGCAGGAGCUGAACGAAUCUAAAUGUAUCAACGAGAACUGUUCCAUUGAAGAACCGGGAGUGAAGCUCAUGUGCCAACUCUGGAACAUUCUCAAGGACAACCCCAAUUUGAAUUUAACGGAAGCAGUCAAAGAGCAGACGAAGAAACUUCAGAAGCACAAUCUGAGUAUUCCGCUAAACGUCACCAACUUGAACUUGGCUUGUUUAAGUGCUGGCUCAAGCGACACAAUCACCGAAGUAUGUUCUUGCAGCAGUGAUACAAACUCCAACAGCACACCAUGCUGCUCUCACAAGGUGCCCCGUGAACCACCUGGCCCGGACGCACCCCCUCUUACUAAAGCUAUUUACAAUAUAAAUGAGGCAGCAUCAAUAGGCAAAAAAUGUGGUGAAGAAAUCAAAACCCUAAUGUCAAUACAGCAAGAAUUAGAAAAUGAAGUAAAAACUUUGGAAGAAAAAGACAGAGAAGUUGUAGAAACACUUAAACAAACCGAAUGCAUGUGGAUGUGUAUGGAAGAAGCAUACAAAAAGAAAAUCGAUGAAGCAUUAGCUAAGCAGGAAAAGCUAAUGAAAGAAUUGAAAGAAGCAGAGGCAAGUAAAGCAAAAUGGAAGAAAAACCUUAAAGACCUUGAGCUUGAAGUCAAUAAUGUAGACAACUGUCAUAAAGAAAUGCAAGAAAAGACCAAGCAAAAAACCAACGAUCUAAAGAGUGUAGAAACUGAAGUAAAAAAUCUGAACAAACACAUUGCUGACACUAAGAAAGAUUUGGAGUCAACGAAAAAAAUGGCUGAUAAUAAAAAGAAAUCCUCUGAUAAAAAACUAACUUCAAUGGCCGCAGAAUUGAAAAAGCUAGAAAAAACUCUUGAAGAUGAGCGAAAAAAGAAACGUGACAAAGAAUUGGAAGGAAAUAGAUCGUUAAAAGUAGCAAGAGAUGAACUGCAAGAUCUCACGAAAGUUUUAAUGAAAAAGAAAUUAGAAAAUGGAGACUUAGCUCAAGAGAAACAAAUUCUAGUAGGGGAGUUGGAAUUGUUAAAACAAAUGGCAUCAGACUGCUUCAAUAAACGCAGCGAUAGAGUAAAGUCUAUUGAUGAUGAAAUAGCACGCGUAGACGAAGAAAUUGCAGAAAUACGAACUAAAAGUAAGAAACGCCACGAAUGCACCCAUACUUUGGACAUCAAAGCUUAUUGUAUGGAAUGCCCAAGAUGUAUCCUAGACUGUCCAAUGGAUAGUUGUAGUUCAGAUAAAUUGGAUUGUGUUUGCAUGUAUGUCAAGGAGAAGUUUAUGAGUAAUGUCCUGGAAAAUAUCUGUACGGUUCUAAAGAAACAUUCGCAAACUGAGUCAGGCAUAGCAAUAGCUGAAUCUGUGAUAAACAGUCUAAAGCAAAGUAGGACUGGCAAAUUAGACAGUGAGAUAAAAAGGAAAUUGCAAGAUUUCAUUAUAAGUGCCAUGAAGAAGAAUAUAAAUGAUUCCAUCGUUGAUGGCGCAGUUAAAACUAGAUGCGAGCUGGAUGACAAAACUUACUAUCAGCUAAUGAGGUGUUUGAAGGAGAUCCAAGUCGAAUUAUUGCCUGUGUCUGAUGUUGAUAAUAAGGUCUGUUGUCCUCGUUUCAACAAGCAAUGCAACUGUCCUGUUGGAAAGGAGGGCUGCGUAUGUGAUUCAGUAUAUCCUGAUAGACAACAUGAAGAAAAUACACAAAAAUAUUAUGACAAUAAAUCAAAAACGAAAGAACAUUCGAGCAAUGCCGACAAUGAAGUCGUGCUGUGGAAAACUGAGCCGUGUGAUGGAGGAUCAUGUAAAACAGUAAGCAGCGUUCGGGCCGUCCAGUGUGGGUUAGGUCCUGAAGUUUUGACGAGGGAUUCUAUCACCCAGCCACGCGGCUGCGACGACUGUCAUGUCUACUCGAAUGUUAGCAGUGAACCAACCGCAAUUCUCAGUUCAUCUUAUAAAGAUGUUCGAAAAUCAAAGACUUCUAUAACGAACAAGAAUGAAACUGUUGGAGAAAUACCUUCGAGUACAAAGAAACUCACAACUUGUUGUUCAGAUUUUAAAGCAAAAAAUAUAGAAAAUAAGUCUUUACAGUCGCUAAAAAAUCAAAGUCCAGAAUACCUAAAUAUUGAUUCAUUUUUCGUCAUUAAAAAAACAAACGACGGUCAUUACGAAAUGAUACUAAACAAAGAAUUUGAAAAUGUCAUAAAGAAAAACUUAAUUGAGCACAAAUUUGAUUGGAAUAGCAGUGAAGAAUAUCUCUUUAAAUUCAAGGAAAGCUCAAGUGGUCAUCGCAUAAUUGAAAUAGAACCAAAAGAUAAUCAUAAUAAAGAUGAAAGAGACGCGAUUAUAAUAAGAACCUCUUCAGGAACUUUAAGACUAUUUUCGAUUGAUACACAUUUGGAUUAUCAACGUAUGCAUCCCAAGGGCAAUUACACGAUUGUUACCAAAGAAGAUUUUAUGAAUUUGCUCCUAAAAUUCCAAACGAUGGUGAAUAAUGAUACAAAAACUAAAAGCAUUCAAACAUCUAUGUGCUGGUUCAAAAAAUCUAGAAGUGAUUCUAGUGUUUAUCAAACGACAAUGUUGAAUCUUAACAAUGAACAGUGUUACAUGGAGAUUCAUGAAAUAAUAAAAAGAACAAAAUCUGGAAAUUACGUUAUAACAGUGAAUAAAAUAUCUUGCAAAAAUGAUAAACCAGCAAAAAAGAACUAUGUCCAAAUACCGAUUACUUAUAACAAAAGCGUAACACUUAAGCAUCGAAUAAAAGUAUCAGCUUGCAAGUGUGCACAUAUUAUCGUGAACAAAAAUGAAAUUGAUGAAAUUAUUCCGAAAAAUUCAAAAUUCACCACAAAAUAUGACUCCAAAGAAAACAUUCAUAUUUGCAGAGGUGCGCAAAGCGAACAUUCUAUUCCCACAUCCAAAUCUCGAAGCAAAGAUAGUAACAUUGACAGUAAUUGCCAAGAAGAGAAAAAGUUAUCAGAAAAGUCUUCUUAUAAAGACUGUUGUCAGAAAUGUUCUAUCGGAAAUCCAGAAAAGGAUAACCAAAAAUGUGGUACAAAGUUUACUGAUGAUUCUUGCGCGCUUAUUUUGAAAAAGAUACUAGAAAAUCCUGUGGAAUGUUCUACAAAAGAGUGCCUAAGAUGCGACUGUACAGAUCCUGAUGAUGAAUGCUAUUGUAACUGUAAUACAAAGAAUAGUAAAGAUCAUGAGAGACAGCGAAGAAAUUUUCUGCUAAGAUCAUUAGAAAAUCUGCCCCCUCAACUGCCUAUGUUCCUAAAAGAAUUCAACUUGGAAAUGGCUUAAUACGAUUGUUUUAUUCGGCGUUGUGAUAUUUUUUGAAAAGUUUUCUGGUUUUGUUAAAUACAAAAA